GUCUAAAUGCACCACUGGUUAUCUACCUACCAAUUAGAUAUAAGAAAGGCAACACGAAAUGGUUUAAUGGUAACCCGGGUUUAAUCCUAAUAUCUAAAAUAGUGAACAAUGAACAUAUUAAUUUUUACAAUUUGAUAAAAUUAUUAUUUACUACUAUGAACUAUUAAACUAUAAUAGUUAAUAUUUAAUAAUUAAUAGCACAGAUUUUAUAAAAAUGUUCAUAUAAUCUGUGAUAAUCAUAAUAUUACGUCUUAUUGAUUCAAUCCACUUUAGUCAUAGCUUAAACACAGAAUAGAUUUAAUCUAUUCUGUGGUUUAAAUUUAGACACCUUUUUGAUUAAAAUGAUAUGCCUAAAUUAUGCACGAAUUAAGAAAUAAUUAGUAUAAGAAAUUAAGAAAGACGUAUAUUAUCAUUAUUAUCUUAAUAUUCGUGGACUUAUGUAGUUAUGGAUACAUUUAAAAAAAAAAUUAAAUUAUUGUGGUUGUACAAUUUUAGACUAGAUAGCGCUUACAAAACUAUUUUGUUAUCAAUUAUAUUUUGUUCUUACUUUUUCCAUCUAACUAUUAUCUAUUUUAAUUUUUGAUAAGUUUGACUAUAGUUUAAACUUUUAUUUAAAUUAAAAUAAAUUACCAAUAAUCAAAGAGGUUGAUUCAUUAUUUCAUUAACAAUUGAUGUUCUAAUUAUAAUAUAAAUCACACUGUUGAGUGUCGCUUGAUAUUAUGAAUUCGUCAAGUGAAGAAGAUUCACCUUCAAAUCCUAUUGGAAUAUUAGUAUCUCAUAGACAACUCGAAGGCUGGUUAUCACAAGAAAAUCCAAUUCCUUCUCCAUCUGAAUUAUAUACUUUUCGCUGUCCAUACACUUUACGCAAGACUGAACAGUUUCGAUUUAUGAAUCAACUUUGGACUGUUGGUGAUAUUGUAUCACUGAGUGAAUCAAAAUCAAACAAAAUCUUUUAUGCACAAAUUAUUAAGUUACAUGAAAAUGAGUUAUGUGAAAAACGAGCAAAAAUCAUGUGGUUGGCUCCUAAAGCAAACAUUGGAGUCACUGACGAAUCAAAAAAGGUGCAUUAUGACACUUUCAAACCAAAUGAUUUUGUACACGUUUCUAUUGAUAGCAGAUUGGUACCCAUGCAUUGCCUAACAUUUGUUAUGAGUGUUCCAAACUUAUUUGAGUAUAAAAAACACAUAGGUACUGAUUACCUGGUCAAUACACAUAUUGUUUCACAUGCAGAAAGAUAUGCAGAGUCUGAUGAAGACGAUGGACCCAAAUCCAAAAGUAAAGUGAGGCGGCUGCUUAACAAGUGAAUAAAAUAAUUAUACCCAUUAAUUAUUUUAUAAUAUAUUGUAAGCCAAAAUCGUUGUUGAUGUACUCCUAACUUGGUUGAAAGAAUAAAAUGUCUUAUGUUAAUAUUAAUACUAAAUGAAUGUAGGUACCUAAUUUCAUAUUGUAAUAAAACCAUUUUUGCUUUAAAUGUAAUUCACGCUUAUCUAUUUAUGCAUUUCUAAAACAAUAUAUUUUAUAACUUGUUAAACAUUAGCCCUAAUAAAACAUAAUUUUAAGAAAUCAUUGUAUAUUUAUUUUGAAUACAUUGCAUAUGUAUUCGGUAAAUCUGUAGUAUUAUUAUUUAUACCUUUGUCAUUUGUAUAGAUAUUUAAUAAAUAUAUAAUUAAAUAAA